GGGCGAGGAAGUCCCUCCAGGCGGCACCCAACUUGCAGGGGUGUUUUCUUCGCCUCUGCGGCGCAGCUGGGUGAUGCGAAGGGUGCUGAUUCCACUGAAGCAACUGCCAAACCAAAGAGGAGUUUUUACGCUGCGAGGGAUUUGUACAAAUACCGACACCAGUAUCCACAGAACUUCAAAGAUAUCCGAUAUCAAAAUGACUUGAGCAAUCUUCGCUUUUAUAAGAAUAAAAUUCCAUUUAAGCCAGAUGGUGUUUACAUUGAAGAAGUUCUAAAUAAGUGGAAAGGAGAUUAUGAGAAGCUGGAGCACAACCACACUUACAUUCAAUGGCUUUUUCCCCUGAGAGAACAAGGCUUGAACUUUUAUGCUAAAGAACUAACUACGUAUGAAAUUGAGGAAUUCAAAAAAACAAAAGAAGCAAUUAGAAGAUUUCUCCUGGCUUAUAAAAUGAUGUUAGAAUUUUUUGGAAUAAAACUGAUUGAUAAAACUGGAAAUGUCACUCGGGCUGUUAACUGGCAGGAAAGGUUUCAGCACCUGAAUGAGUCCCAGCACAACUAUUUAAGGAUCACCCGUAUUCUUAAAAGCCUUGGUGAGCUUGGAUAUGAAAGUUUUAAAUCUCCUCUCGUAAAAUUUAUUCUUCAUGAAGCUCUUGUGGAAAAUACUAUUCCCAAUAUUAAACAGAGUGCCCUGGAGUAUUUUGUUUAUACCAUUAGAGACAGAAGAGAAAGGAGAAAGCUCCUACGGUUCGCCCAGAAACAUUACACGCCUUCAGAGAAUUUUAUCUGGGGACCGCCUAGGAAAGAAGAGACAGAGGGAGGCAAACCCCAGAAAAUGCCUGCCCCUCCCGCCUCUGGUCAUAACAGUCAAACCUCUAUGCACAAGAAAUCUAAGGACUCCAAAAAUUCCUCCUCAGCUGCUCAUGUGAGUAGCAAAGCAGCUGAAGAAAAAAAAGUGGCACCUAGUGAGCCUGGAGAGGGGACAGACGGGCCCGGCGCGGAGCCCAGUGGCGAAGCCGCCGGGCCGGGGGACGCAGAGAAGGACGGGGGGGCUGAAAAUCCAGAGUCUCCCCCAGAAAAAACAGCGAGUCCCGCAGAGAAGAAGGAGAGUGCAUCGCCUCCCGAAAAAGACAAGGAAGGUGACGGUCAGAACAAAGACUGUGAGAACCCGGGAAAUACAGGUCCCCAGGAUGCGGCUCCGUCGCAGUGAAUCUUCAGAAGCCGACACCAGUUUGGGCGCGAGGAGAAGGCUGCUGUCCAGUUUGUCCGGAGCAGCAGAGGCCACAGUCCGGGUGUUGGCCGUCUGCUUGUGAUUUCUGUUGUGAGCAUUUUGUUGUUUUCUGUUUUGGAUGACAGUGAGUUGAAUAAGAUGUUUUAAGACAAGACCCCGUAAGUGAAUGUGCUCUGGAACACUUAGGAUGCGAGUUUACAAGGUCUGUAUACAAUCCUUAUCUUGCAGUUAUUUUCAUGUAUCUGGAAAUCAUCAUUUAGUGUUUAGGAUAUCAAAUAAAUUCUUUUGAGAGAUUACCCUCUACCUGAAGAAAACCAAGAGGACAACUUCAGUAUGUUGCGCACUUUUGCCUAAUGUACGGAUUCAUUUUUUUUUUUUAAGCUGGAAGAAUCCAGUCUUCUCAGUUGUAUUCGGAAAGUAAUUUAGGUUUUUUCAUUACAACACCUCAACAUGAUGAUUUUAAAGUUCUGGUAGAUGAGAUGGAUGUCCUCGGGAGCUGCGGCCCCCCAGUCCGUUUGUCUGUCUUGCUGCCUUUCCCUCCUCCCCCCUCUGCCCUCCCCCUCGCCCUCCACCUUGUCAGCCAGCGCCUGCAUUGCUCCUGUGCAUUUGGAUAAACUCCUGUGCUGAGAUUUAAAUGGAACAGGGCAGGACUUGCAACGGUAUGGUUUCAGGAAUCUGCUUUGCUUGGAAUAGUAAAAAUAUUUUUCUGUAUUAAGUGCUUAAAAUUUUUUUUGAUGCGAAAGUCCAAGAAAAGAAUUUUGCCUUCUGUGGCUGUUCCAUGUAAAUUUGGUGCUUGUAUCUGAAUGUAAAUGACUAAAGAAUUUUAAAAUACAAAA